AUGGCAUCCAUAACCACCACCACCUUCUUGCUCGUGAGCGCGGCCAUCGCGAGGCUCGCAUUUGCUGAGACGACUUCUGCCACACUUCUCGCCUUUCCAAACGGAGAUUGCAACAAGUUGGGCUACUAUCAAACGAUCCAGGCUACCAACGAUGCGUGCCCCAAGACGUAUCUGGGAGACGACAAUUACGCCACCGAGCCCACAGACAAGAGUCUUUACAAAACCUAUCUUCAACUCCAAACCCACCAAGAUGAGGGCUGUGAGAUGGUCAUUGGGAGGGAUAGCGCUCUCGCAAAAGCUCCGCCAUGUGGUGAAUGUAUCAUCACCAUCCGCACUCAGAACAAAUGCGCUCAGGUUGACCUCCCCACUCCAUUCUACGCAUGGCAGUGCUGUGGAGACGAAUGUGACAACCAGUGCGGACAGGUUCCAGGCAAGCGUAGACGCACCAUUGAAGAGGCUGCUGAGAUCAUCCGAGCCCUCGACGAGGAAGACCAAGCCAAGAAGAAUGGAACCUCUCCCGACAUUGCCAAUCUGAAGAAUCGCUCACCAGCGUCUCUCAAGCCUCGCAAGGGUAACUGCAAGUUCAACAAGACGGGUGGAAAAYUCACGCAAGCUGGUACUCCUGUCAAGGUUUCCCGGUCCUACGGAUCUUGCCAAGAGGGUUGUCAGCAAGGCUACUCGGGCACGGUCGAGUCCAGCUUCUCAAACACCUUUGGUGUCAGUGAAUCGAGCGAAGCCGGAUUCUUCGAAAUUGUGUCCGAGACCGUCUCCUUUGACUACAGCCACACCUGGGAAAAAUCAAAGUCUUCCACUGUGUCCGGCAUGGCCACCUUCCAACCCGGUCAAUCCGGCUACAUCACCUUCGCUCCUUAUUCCCAAUGUAUUGCUGGUACCUUCACGGGCUCGGACUGCGCAGGCAUGGGUAUUCCCGAAGGUGGCGAGGCAAAGGACGCUUGUGUCCCAGAGUACCUGGAUAGUGGGAUUCCAGAUGGUGACGUUGGCAUUGUCUCCUCCAUUUAG